AUGGCGUUCGUUAAGAAUGGAGAUUGUAAGAGAGGAGUGGCGGUGCUCAUUUGUUCACUCAUGUUCAUCAUCUACGUCAUGUUGGCCGCUGUCAUACUUGAAAGAGAAACUGGAAGGAACUUCUCCUUGCUUUUCAUGGAGAACAACGAGUCAAGUUUGACUCACCGACUGGAGAUCUACCCGGCAUACAGGUUCAACAGGGACGUCGACCUCAAACUGACCUGGUCCGCCUACAACCUUUCCCUUGUUAACAUCACAACACUCGUUGGAGGGCCGUUGGUGGUGGCUGUGCCAGGCAGGCUGGAGCUGAACAUGACGGAGAGGGCUUGGAAGUCCAUUAAGAUUGAAGCCAGCGACAAGAUAGGUGUCUACGCCAUGAACAGACACGAGGGGACCUGUGAUGGGUUCAUGGUUCUCCCUCAUCACAUGCUCGGAACCAAACAUUAUGUCGUCUGCUACUUUCCAGAGAACAAGCAGACUCAACUCGCCUUCGCCUCGGUAGAGAGCAACACAACGGUGGUCCUCUCCUUGCGAGCUGCAACGCGGCCCUCACUCGUCAUCAGGUGGAACAACUUGACGUACAGAGGCGGCUCCAACAUCACCUUCAACCUCGAUCGAGAUGAAACCGUGCAAAUAAAAUCCAAUGGAGAUCUCACUGGAUGUGGCGUCUUCUCCGACAAACCAAUCGCUGUUUUUAGCGGCAACGACUUAACGAAGGUAGCGGAAAAAGUUGAUAUCAUCAACGAAGAUAAUUUAACUCUAAAUUAUUUGGUAGAACAAAUUCCUGACGUGAGCCAUUGGGGCACGAGGUUCUAUCUGGCACCUUUCAUUUCAUCUAACAACAGCGAUAGCUCAGAUUACCAGGUUAAAAUUGUCUGCUCAAAUCCCGGCACAAAUAUUGUUUUAUAUUUGUAUGAUCAACCAUCGAGUAUAUUCUGCAGCAAUUCUGGAGACUCUAACAAAACUUUCAUUCCAUAUAAUAAGGCUGUAUCCAUCCACUCAAACUAUCCAAUCCUGGUUGCUCAAAUAUUUGGAAGUACGUUCACAAGAGGUCCCUCCAUGGCCAUCAUCACUCCCGUCGAAAAGUUCAACUCAUUCUACACAUUCUCGACAGCAUACAGUGAGUCAGCAGACAUUCAGUUCAAUCAUUACAUCCACAUCGUCUCCACUUUCAACGAGACAAAAAACCUUCGUCUGAAUGAUCGUGAAAUAGCGCAGUCGAUCAAAUGGUCGUCAUUCACUGAUAACUCGACUUACGUCUGGUGCAUGCUCCAACUGCGAGAAGGUUUGCAGGCCAUGCACAACAGCAACAAGAUGCAGUUCGGUGUCACGGUGCUGGGCGAUUCAAAAACUGCCAAGUAUUGCUCAUACGCCUACUCAGCUGGGCUGUGUUCUUGAGAGAUGU